AUGGCCGACUACGAUCUUAACGACUAUCUAAGGCAAAUGGACAGCUUCCGAGCUGCUGACCAUGCUAGAGAGACUCUCGUUAAUGAACUUAUUGAAAAGUUCUCGAGCCUCUUACGGGAACAUGACGAGUUGAAGAGCGACUACUUGAGCGAAAGAGACAAUCGACGAAACUACCAAAAUAGGGUUGAGGAGGCGCAAAGGGUCGUAGGCGGACGUGACCGUCAGCUGGACGCCAGCUCGUUUGUCCUUGCUCUCAUCGACGGAGAUGGCGCUAUUUUUCAAGAUACUUUGCUUCAUGCGGCUGCUGGUGAUGGUGGUUCAGAGGCUGCUUCUCGUCUACACCUUGCUAUCCAUAAUCACAUCUCCUCCCUAUACACCAAUUCAGGGAAUUGGCCUGUCAUGGUCCAGAUCUACCUAAGCCUCGAUAAACUCGCGUUCAAGCUGCAACAGGUCGGACUUCUGCGCCAUCCCCAGGAGCUUCGGACCUUUGCUCAGCGCUUCAGCGUCAACCAGCCCCUAUUUAGUAUUAUUGAUGUCGGCCAGGGCAAGGAACGAGCCGACCACAAGAUUAAAGAAAUGCUGCGUACGUUCAGCGACAACCCCACUUGCCGACACAUCAUCUUCGGUGGUUGUCAUGACGCCGGCUACCUCUUAAACCUCGAUCAGUUCAAACACAACGAAGCUAAAGCUGGCCGCAUCACCUUGCUAGAGUCUACGCCUGCCUACCGAGGCUUUGCUGAAUUGCCCAACUUCAAGCGUGCCAACUUCGAGAAUGUCUUCAGGAGCGAGCCUCUGCCGGAGUCCGCUCCUGCGAUAAACACUGCCAUGUCUGCAGCACAGAACCCGCCACCACCUACCCAGUCUCCCCUUGUGGUGCGCUCACUGGCGAACCGGACGCCACCUACAGCGUCCGUGGUCCCACCAGUUAUCAGUUCGUCACCUAGCACGCCAGCACCAUCUGUGUCAGCGACCGAGUCGAGUGAAGACUCCACUUGGGCUAGUGUUGGCAAAGUAGGGACUGAGCGUACGGACAGCAUCUCGAUUGCACCGACUGCCAACGGCAGGGCAAAUUCCAAAAAGAAAUUCGCUUAUUUCAACAGAAACGAUGAAAGGCUCGACGAACCACUUCCACCACGCGACCGUGCAUCAGCAGAGGGUCUUGAUGGUCGCAUGAAGAACGGCAAGAAGAUGUGCAACAACUUUCAUCUGGGUGGUUCUUGCACUCAGGGCAAAUUCUGCCACUUUCAGCAUGAACCGAAGCUUAGCUUGGGUGAGCAAAACGCGCUACGAUACAAAGCCCGAAGCUUGGCUUGCAGCAACAGAUACUGCGAAGACAUAGACUGCUACUUGGGGCAUCAGUGCGCCAAUGAGCGCGACUUUGGCAACUGCCGCUACGGGAACACAUGUCAUUUGCGUGCAACACACGGAAUGGACAGGCAGAAAUAUGUGAGGGUCGACAGGAAUGGGAAAGAGGAAUACUCACCAUAA